CCUGCCCCACGUGCUCUAAGGUCAUCCCCGCGACACGUGGUGCUGCGUGCGGCUGCUGCCACUGCUGCUGCUGCCACCGCCUCUCCCGAGACGCCGCAGAUCCCAAGACCUCGCUCACAAUGGCUCAGCAGCUCAAGGACAUCGCUGGGAAGAUGGGGGGCGCUCCUCGGGGUCUGGGCACGGGGCUGAAGCUGCUGAUCGGAGCAGGGGCCCUCGCCUACGCUGCUAAGGAGGCGACGUACACCGUGGAUGGUGGACAGCGUGCCAUCAUCUUCAGCCGCCUGGGAGGCAUUCAGGAGAAUACCAUCCUGGCCGAGGGGCUGCACUUCAGGAUUCCCUGGUUCCAUUAUCCGAUCAUUUACGACAUCCGAGCCAAGCCCAGGAAGAUUUCCUCGCCCACUGGAAGCAAAGACCUGCAGAUGGUGAACAUCACACUGCGCGUGCUGUCGAGGCCCGACGCCUUGAAGCUGCCGCGCAUGUUCCAGCAGCUGGGCCUGGACUACGAGGAGCGCGUGCUGCCCUCCAUCGUCAACGAGGUGCUCAAGAGCGUCGUCGCCAAGUUCAACGCCUCCCAGCUCAUCACGCAGCGAGCGCAGGUAUCCCUGCUGAUCCGCCGCGACCUCAAAGAACGUGCCAAGGACUUCAACAUCAUCCUCGACGACGUGGCCAUCACGGAGCUGAGCUUCAGCCGAGAGUACACGGCCGCCGUGGAGGCCAAGCAAGUCGCCCAGCAGGAGGCUCAGAGGGCUCAGUUCUUCGUGGAGAAGGCCAAGCAGGAGCAGAGGCAGAAGAUUGUGCAGGCGGAGGGAGAGGCUGAGUCGGCAAAAAUGAUCGGCGCGUCGCUGAGCCAGAACCCCGGCUACCUCAAGCUGAGACGCAUCCGCGCCGCUCAGAACAUCGCCAAGACGGUGGCUGCCUCCCAGAACAGGAUCUACCUGAACUCUGAGAGCCUCAUCCUCAACCUCCAGGAGGAGGGCUUCGACAAGUACGUGCCGUUCCGUCCCUGGGAUACAAACACAAAGAUCAACCCGUGUAGCCUUUCGCAGACUGUUGGGGCAAGUGCCCUCAGCGAGCAGCUAUGAAGGCCGGCACGGUACACGAGGGGGUCGGUGGCCAGCACCACGACUGGCCGCCUUUGUCUCCCCAGUGGCGAUGAUUUUACACAGUGCACCAGGUACUCAUUUGAGGCUGAGUCGACCUAGGGGAGGUCCCGGAUGGCACUGCACAGUCUCAGCAAUGGCGACUUCUCUUCCAGUAUUAUCACAGCGAUGCUGGAUGAGCCGUUCACGGUGUUUGUGGAGGAGCUCCUGCCUCUUAACACCAGGCGGCCAAGUGGGAUUUGCUCAAAUAGGGCUGUACCCUGACCAUUGAGACUAUUGAAGUCAAAACCCAUCCGGAGCUGGAAAAAGCUCUUGGCUAGUGGACCCAAAUGUCAUCAUCUUUUGGUUCAAAUGUGGUCUUCCUGGUUAGGUGGCAUGUUUAUAAAGGAUGUGAUUAACACGCAGCCCCUAACCUGUGAAACCGCACUUGCAUUACGAAUGUCGUGGCCCAGUGGUAGUGGGUUUGCUGUUUGUUGCAGAGGUCUGUUGUUCGAAGCCGGCGCCCACCCUGGUCAAUGCUGCGGUAUUAACCUGUAAAAUACGACAUGCCCGCUGCUUCAUAGUGGACAUCAAAGAUCCCCCGACGUCGGUCAAAACGAGUCGGCCAUUGUGUGCCGCUGCCACGGGACCACGUUUGAAAAAUGACCCACAAAUCACUCGCUUGGGAUUACGCACAGCAAUCUGAUGCUGCCCCCUUUCUGACACAGAAGUGUCCCGAUGGCAGGCCAGGCGCCAAAGUCGCCUUGCGCCCACCGGAAAAGUUGCCACUGGGGUGUGUCCUUUAAAAAAAAAGGUGACAUUUAAAUUGCUUAAUGUGUGUAAAGCCUACAUUCCACUAACUCCUACUGUGUUCUCUUUUCUGUUCCCUCCAUGGUGACCUUCGCGCUGGACACGAAUAGAGCGAGGUAAGUGGAGUGUCGUUAACCACAACUAUUGCCAACUCGCUCUCUCCAGCCAGUCCACGAAAUUAUGACACGGAAAAAUUUUUAUUCGACAAUUCAUUAUCUUCCCUUUGAAUCGUUUCUCUCGUAGAUGUUUUGCGCCAUUAGCAUACAUCUUAAGACCGUCAAGUCCAUUUGCGAGUGGGUAUAAAACAAGAUAAUCGAUUCUUACGCAAUUGAGUGCCUGCAUCGUGAGCAAUGAAGAGUCCACGUAUGCGUAGUUUCGUGCCUACAAACUGCACGGGCAUCCUUCGUCCGAUUUCGUCCUCCGUCAUGUGCCUGUUCCCUUUUCAAUCUUGUCAAAAAACCGUCAAGACUGCGGGGCUGGAGUGGGGGGGGGUAUGAACGGCUUGUUGAUGUCUUUGUUGUGUGUUUGCAGCAACUUCCUGUCGGUGAAAAAGAAGUGAGCCGAGUGAAUCGUUCCUCAUCCCAAGCCGACACAAGAGGAGGAAGAGAGGACACCUCGGGAGAGGCAGGGGGGGAAACGCAGCCUGCGGUUUUGUCAAUCGCCGUAAAAAAAGAAAAAGCUGCCUCUGUUAUGAGCCGCGCUCGUUGGCACUUGAACGAGAGGGUGAGAUUUGUCAUUUAAUUUGGUUCUCGCACAUUGGAUGAGUUCCGGGUUCGGGUCUGGUGUUACUUCGAAGCGCGCGUGCGUUCACUUGGGCACUUGGGCACUUGGGCUCCUGUUUCCCCACCAGGAUUUGUGACGGUGAUGAGGAUGAAUCCGUCAUGAUUCCAACUGCACUUCCUGGCAGGCCCGCAUGAUAUUAUUGGCAGGUGCUGGCAGGCCAUGUGGUGUUCACAAGGCAUUGUGACAUCAUAACGCCUGGGCACAUGAGCACUUACAUGUCCGUGUUGUCGGAUUGCCCAUUAUCGUGUUUAUCUAAUUAACCUCUCUGCGACUCAUCUAUUGGUGUGUCGCUCUCAAGAGCCAAACCUUCGCCCGCCCCACAGUUUAAGUCUGGAUUAAUCCAAUCGUGACUUUGCCAGUGUGGAAAUAAGUGGCCUAUGCUGCAAGUUGGACCUCUUCAUGCGACUGCAGAGAAACUGAUGCCCUGCUUAUGAGGGACAGGGCUAUGAGAUUAAGGUGAUGGGUAACCGCCCCUUGUGGUCAGUAUAAAUGUGAAAUGUUCAAGUUCCAAAUAAAAUAUGGCUUACACAUUC